GAAGAGAAGUCAAACGCGUCUUAUCUCACGAUAUAACGAAGCGCUUUGGUCUCUCCUCCAAAUCGAUCAAUUCCACAGACACACACCCCAAACUAACUCUCUUCCCUCCCAAAUCCGAAAUUCACUCCUUUGCCGUCAAUUCGAACCCCAAAUUUCUUCCUUCAAAUUUCCAAAAUCAAUCCCAAAAACACUGAUUUGGCUCUCGCUUCUCAAUCGAGAUUCAAAUCCACACCAAUUUGGAGGAGAGAGAGAGAGAGAGAGAAGAGAAGCCAUGGAAACUACUGCUGGAACUCUGUGCAAACGCAGCCUCGGCCGUAGCAACACCUCCUCUUUUCGCCUCCGAAGCCCUAGUCUCAACUCCCUCCGUCUCCGCCGCAUAUUCGAUCUAUUCGACAAGAACAACGACGGCGUAAUAACCGUCAACGAGCUCAGCCAAGCUCUCAACCUCCUCGGCCUCGACGCCGAGCUCUCCGAAUUAGAAACCUUGGUGAAUUCACACAUUAAAGAAGGCAACACUGGCCUCCAAUUCGACGACUUCGAAUCCUUACACAGAUCGUUGAACGACACGUUCUUCGGAUUCGAUGAUGCGUUGCCGGAGGAAGAAGAGGGCGGCGAUGUUGCGGCGGCGGCUGAAGCGAAGGCGAAGCAAGAGGAAUCAGAUCUGAAUGAGGCGUUCAAGGUGUUUGAUGAGGACGGCGAUGGAUACAUAUCGGCGAGAGAAUUGCAAGUUGUGCUUGGGAAGCUAGGGUUAGCUGAAGCUAGAGAGAUGGACAGAGUCGAGCGGAUGAUCUUGUCCGUCGAUCGUAACAACGAUGGCCGUGUUGAUUUCUUCGAGUUCAAGGACAUGAUGCGCAGUGUCAUGGUUCGCAGCGCUUAAUCAUCGUUUGUUUUUUCUUUUUUUUCUUUUUUUCUCUCCCUCCUCAAGACUGUGUUUGGAUUGUAGGAAUUUGUGGGGAGAAAGUGAAAGGAAAAGUGAAAAGGAUCAUUUUCCUCUUCCAUUUUUCUUUUUUCUCUACAAAUUUUCUUUUGUGUCAAAUGCAACUUGCGAAUACUGUCAUCAUGAUUGUGUUUGAAACAUACUGUUCUUGGUCUUGGUCAUCCAUCAAUCAACACAUGUUGUCGUUGCUCUUUUGAAUCAUUGAUUUUGUGUUUAAAA